AUGGCGUCCGAGAGAGCUGAGACGGCGCUGCUGCCAGUGGUGCAGAAGGAUGGAGAAGAUGAUGACCGGAAAGCUGCAUCCGCCAUGACUAAGAGAGGAGCUUAUGCCGCCGUUUCUUAUAUGGCUUCUGCUGUUCUGUUGCUCAUGUUCAACAAAGCCGCUCUUUCUUCGUACAGGUUUCCCUGUGUCAAUGUCAUCACUCUUUUUCAGAUUAUAUGUUCGUGCUCACUUCUAUACGCAUUGCGUCAUUGGAAGAUCAUCUCUUUCACGGUAAACGACCCUGAAGGCGUCGGUUCUGGAAGGUCGAUAAUCUUGGUACCAUAUAAGACAUUGGUUCAAACACUUCCUCUAGCCAUAUCAUAUUUGCUUUACAUGCUUGUGACAAUGGAAUCCGUUCGUGGGAUCAAUGUUCCCAUGUAUACAACGUUGAGGAGAACUACCGUAGCAUUUACAAUGAUUGCUGAGUACGUGUUGACAGGUCAGACCCAUUCAUCGUUUGUCGUUGCCAGCGUGGGGAUGAUUAUACUCGGUGCAAUUGUAGCUGGAGCUGGAGAUUUGUCAUUUGACAUCUACGCCUAUGGUGUAGUCUUCCUGGCAAAUAUAUCUACCGCUGUAUAUCUUGCUUCUAUCGCUCGUAUCGGGAAAUCGAGUGGUCUGAAUACGUUUGGCCUCAUGUGGUGCAAUGGGGUAAUAUGUGGGCCUUUUUUGCUAUUAUGGAUUACGAUCAAGGGAGACAUCGAAACGACAUUAAAUUUUCCUUACAUAUUUUCCUUUGGCUUCCUGCUUGUGAUGCUUCUCUCCUGUAUAAUGGCUUUCUCGAUCAACUACUAUGUAUUUCUAAAUACAACUCUCAAUUCAGCGCUCACACAAACCGUUUGCGGUAAUUUGAAGGACGUGUUCACGAUUGGGAUCGGGUGGUUUCUAUUCGGAGGUCUUCCCUACGAUUUCCUCAAUGUUGUUGGACAGUCACUUGGGUUUAUGGGAUCUUGCGUAUAUGCGUAUUGCAAGCUCAAUGGGAAAUAAGAACAAGAUUGUGCUCACUUCUG